AUGGAGCCAAAACUAUCACCACCACUUGCUCAUGAACAUCUGAAAGAUAUUCUAUCCAACGAAGAAUUCGUGGACAUUCUUACAACCUUUCCAAAAGAAAGAGGUAUUAUUUCAUCCUAUUCUUAUCAGUAUCAAGGAUUCUGGCAUAAUCCCGUUCAUCUGCAUGGAAUUAUUAAUUUUCAAAAACAUUAUGAACCCCGCGAAAAUGAUAUCUUCCUUGCCACUGCUCCUAAAUCUGGCACCACAUGGCUGAGAGCUAUCCUCUAUGCCCUAAUCAACCGUAAAACCUACCCUCCUAAUGAUCCUAACCAUCCUUUGCUUAGCAAAAAUUCCCAUUCCCUCAUUCCUCCUUUUGAAUUACUUAAACCUUCUGAAUAUGACUCCGUCUGCAACUCCUCAGACCCGAGCACUAGGAUCUUUGGAACUCAUUGUGCCUUCGGAAGCCUCCCCGAAUCCAUAACCGACAUUGCCAAGUCAUCCAACCGCAAAAUCAUAUACCUCUGCAGGGACAUUAAAGACACCUUCAUUUCAAACUUCCACUUUGCCAACAAGGCCAAUUUGCGACCCUCUCCCAUUUCUUUGGAAGACGCAUUUGAUUUGUACUGCAAAGGAAUCAGUGCAGGUGGACCGAUCUGGAAUCAUAUACUGGGAUAUUGGAAAGAAAGCCUGGAAAAGCCGGAUAAGGUGCUGUUUAUGCGGUAUGAGGAGAUGAAAUCUGAACCUCACUUUCAACUGCGGCGUCUUGCACAUUUUCUGGGAAAACCCUUUUCCCAAGAGGAAGAAAAUUUGUGCUUGGUUGAUCAAAUCAUAAGUUUGUGUAGUUUCGAUGUUAUGAGCAAACUUGAGGUUAAUAAAACUGGAAAAGGGAAGCAGCUUAUAAGUACUGGUGCACUUUUCAGGAAAGUUGUUGCAGCCAGUCCCGGAUCCGCCAAUAAUGGGAAUGGAGCUCCGACUAUUGCUCCUCCGAACGCGAACCCUAUUCGAGAAGGAAUGGCUGUUGCUAGGCAGGUUAUUGAUCAUGGACCCCUAGGUCAGCAACAGCGGCUACAAAGGUCAGAUACUAGAUCGCGCUUUACAGUGGCUGCAGUAAGACUGACUAGCUAUUUCUAUUGCUUUCCUUCACUUAAAGAAGUUUCUGAACGCGAGUGA